GUUGUGUUCCAUGUUGUUUGUUCUUUAUAAUCCGUUCGUCUAGAGAAUUUUCAAUUUACGGUGGGACCAAAAAAUCACCAACCCUGGUGCCAAUCUGUUUCAAGAAACACUGGUGGUCUUCGUCUCCUAUAUUUAAGUGACUGUUGAUAACGUAUAAUGGUUCUUAUUACAAACGCUAACUUGUAUUCAUCCAAAUUACUACCAUGCGCUAUGCGAAAGUAUUUCACGAAUAUCCAAUAAAUUUGCUUGACCACUGAUGAAAGAUCUCGGGGACUGCGUUUUCCACCAUGACGGGAAUGGAAAAAGAAACCCCAACGUAACCAGAUCACCCAACACUGUACUUUUUGAUCAAUUUGUAGACUAGAAUGCCUGAAGCCAAGAUUGCUCCCUCCAUGCUUUCCUCCGAUUUCGCCAACUUGGCCGUCGAAGCCAAGCGCAUGGUCAAGAAUGGUGCCGAUUGGCUUCAUUUGGACGUCAUGGACGGCCACUUUGUUCCUAACCUGACUAUGGGAGCACCCAUCAUCUCCUGCUUACGCAAACAUACAGAUGCAUUCUUCGAUUGCCAUAUGAUGGUGGCCAAGCCUGAACAAUGGGUGGACGACAUCGCCAAGGCUGGAGGAGAGAUGUAUACGUUCCACAUUGAGGCCACCAAGGAGCCUGUCGCCCUCAUCAAGCAAAUCCACGCCGCUGGUAUGAAGGCUGGUGUUGCCAUUAAGCCUAAGACUCCCGCCGAAGUGGUGAUUGGCGAGGUUGGCGAGCUUGCUGAUAUGGUCUUGGUCAUGACAGUUGAACCGGGUUUCGGAGGACAGCGAUUUAUGGCCGAAUGUAUGCCCAAGGUUGAAUUACUCCGCUCCAAAUAUCCCAAUCUUGAUAUCGAAGUGGAUGGCGGUCUGUCUUUGGAAACUAUUGAUGCAUCUGCUGAUGCUGGAGCCAAUGUCAUUGUAGCUGGAACCGGUGUAUUCAAGGCUGAAGACCCAAGCCAAGUCAUUGGUACUUUCCGCGAAAAAGUAAACACUGCACAGGCCAAGAUUGCUUCUGCCGCACAGCAGUAAAUGCCAUACUGUUUAUUGCAUGUUCGGCUGAUAUAGAGCGCUUGAGCCAAAG